AUGCACCAUUUUAUGAGACAAGUAACUCUUCUCAGCUGGAUACACGCUGUGGAUACCGAGGGAUCUAGAACAACUACUUCUUCUUCAACCCCACCCCAAAACUGCUCUGGGAUUACAAAUUUUAGGACCAUGUCUGCUAACAACAGCUGCCAAUCAACUGGCCACGUACCAAGAACUCCCCAGAGCCAGGUCUGCCAAUCCACUCAUCGCCUUUGUCGCACCCCCAUCUACCUCAUAAGCAACUUCUGUGUCCAUCCGUCUCUGGAUGACUGCAGCUGGAUGGGUGAAGGUAUCAACAGUAACGAGAAGGAGACCAUGCAGAUCUUGAACGACCGCCUUGCUAACUUCCUGGAAAAGGUGCGAAUGCUGGAACGAGAGAACGCUGAACUGGAGUGUAGAAUCCAGGAAGAGUGUGACAAAGAGCUCCCUGUCCUGUGUCCUAAUUACCUGUCCUACUACACCACCAUCGAGGAGCUCCAGCAGAAGAUCUUGUGUACCAAGGCUGAGAAUUCCAGGCUGGUCUCACAAAUUGACAACACCAAACUGGCUGCAGAUGACUUGAGAGCCAACUAUGAAGCUGAGGUGUCCCUACGCCAGCUCGUGGAGGCCGACGCCAACAGCCUACGGAAGAUCCUGGAUGCACUGACCCUGAGUAAGGCUGACCUGGAGGCGCGAGUGCAGUCUCUGAAGGAGGAGCUCCUCUGCCUCAAAAACAGUCACCAAGAGGAUAUCAACUCCUUAUGGGGGCAGCUUGGGGAUAGACUCAACAUUGAAGUAACUGCAGCCCCUUCUGUCGACAUAAACCAGAUUUUACAAGAAAUGAGAUGUCAGUAUGAGUCCAUCAUGGAGACAAACCGUAAAGAUGUGGAACAAUGGUUCAACACCCAGAUGGAGGAGCUGAAUCAACAAGUGGUGACCAGCUCUCAACAGCAGCAGUGCUCCCAGAAGGAAAUCGCAGAACUGAGACGUACUGUGAAUGCUCUGGAGGUGGAACUACAGGCCCAGCACCGAAUGAGAGAUUCCCAGGAAUGCAUCCUGACAGAGACUGAGGCCCGCUACACGACCCUGCUGGCCCAGAUCCAAAGUCUGGUCCAUAACCUGGAGGCUCAGCUGGCAGAGAUCCGCAGUGCCCUGGAAAGACAGAACCAGGAAUAUGACAUUCUGCUGGAUAUUAAGUCCCGGCUGGAGUGUGAGAUUGCCACAUACCGCAGCCUUCUGGAGAGCUCAGACUGCAAGCUUCCCUGUAACCCGUGUGCCACCCAAUGCAAGCCUUCCACUUGCACAUCCUCCAAGCCCAGCACCAUGGAAUGCACCGCCCCGGUUUUCACAUCCUCAGCCCCUAAUGGGAUACUCAAGCGGUACAACGUCUGUGGACCCCCGUCCCGGAUACUGGUUAAAAUAUGCACCAUCACCAAGGAGAUUCAGGAUGGGAAGGUCAUUUCUUCUCAUGAACAUGUGCAGCCUUGCUUCAUCCCCAGACUUGCCAAAGUCUAA